GGUGCACAAAACCAACAUGGGCGCGGCCAUCGAUGUUCGCUUGUCCAAAACAAGAAGGCCCACGAGCACUAGCGCAGGAGUGAGCCGAGAAAAAAACGUGCAAGAAAGUCAAUGGAGCGACAAACGCGACUUUAAAAGAGCCAACAAGCAGAGCUGCUGCUCGCCGCCCGCCCACCCACGGAUGGACUCCGACGGCCAGACCAAGAUGAUGUCCCGUCAGCACCCGGGGAACCCGUCCUGCGAUGACAGCAGAGCCGCCGGCGGUCAGGGCUGCAGCUGGCUGGCGGUGGCGGCGGCCGUGGCGGCCUCGCUGAGCGGCUUGAUGCUGGGCUACGAGAUGGGCCUGACGUCGGGCGUGCUGCUGCAGCUGCGCGGCGUCCUGUCGCUGUCGUGCCGCCAGCAGGAGCUGCUGGUCAGCUCGCAUCUGCUGGGCGCUCUGCUCAUCUGCCUGGCCGGCGGCCCCGUCCUGGACCGCUACGGCCGGCGCCGCUCGCUGCUGCUGAGCGCCGGCCUGGUGGUGGGCGGCACGGCGCUGCUCAUGGCCGCCUCCUCGCUGGCGGCCUUGGCCUCGGGCCGGGCGGUGGUGGGCAUGGGCACGGCGCUGUCGGGCACGGCGGCGUGCCUGUACAUCGCCGAGAUCUCGCCGCGGGAGCGCCGCGGCCUGCUGGUGACGCUGUACGAGCUGAUGCUGGUGCUGGGCGUCCUGCUGGGCUUCGGCUGCAGCUACGCUUUUGCCGCCACGCCUCGCGGCUGGGUCUACACCUUCGGGCUGGUCAUCCCGCCGGCGCUGCUGCAGAUGGGGGCCCUGGCGUUCCUCCCGCCCAGCCCCAGGUUCCUGUUGGCCCGGGGCCAGCCGGAGCGAGCCAGAGAGGUCCUGGCGCGCAUGCGGCGCGGCACCAAGGAACAGGUGGAAGGAGAACUCCGGGAUAUCCAAAUGGGGCUGAAGGAGGAGUCGGAGCACAGCUUCGCCGAGCUCUUCGGCGCCAAGUCCAACCUGCGAUCGCGGCUCCUGACGGGCGUGGCGCUGGUCUUCCUCCAGCAGGCCACGGGGCAGCCCAACAUCCUGUCCUACGCCUCGCCCCUGCUGCGCGGCGUGGGCUUCCGCAGCGACGCCGCCGCCACCCUGGCGUCCACCGGCUUUGGCGCCGUCAAGGUGGCGGGCGCCAUCCCGGCCGUGCUGCUGGUGGACCGUGUGGGGCCCAAGAGCUUCCUGUGCGUGGGCGCGGCCACCAUGGGGAUGUCGCUGGUCACGCUGGGCGCGCUGACCCUGCACGGCCGCACGCAACUGUCCAGCCUGUGCGUCAGCCACCCGCCGUCGCUCAACCGCACCGCCGUCUGGUGGGAUGGCCGCACCGGCGACAACAGCACCCAGGAGUUUUUCACCAGCGCCCCCGUCUGGCGGACGGAAGACGACGAGGGGUCGUCGCGAAGCGGGACGGCGGACGAGGAAUCGCCUUCGCUCAAGUGGGCCUCGCUCAUCAGCUUGCUGGUGUUUGUGGCCGCCUACUCGGCCAGCCUAGGGCCAAUGGUGUACGUGGUCCUCAGCGAGAUCUUCCCCAUGGGCGUCCGGGGGCGAGCCGUGUCGGUGGUGUCGGCCGUCAACUGGGCCGCCAACCUGCUCAUCUCUGCCACCUUCCUCACCAUGACAGAGAAGAUCAGCGUCCCAAACAUGAUGUUCCUGUACGCGACAAUGAGCUUCGUCCUGUUGGUCUUUGUCAUCCUCUGCGUGCCCGACACGCGAGGACGCACCUUAGAGGAAAUCUCCAAAGAACUGGCAAAAAAGUGAGAAGCAUUUUGAAAUCAACCUGUGCAAGAAGGUCCCAAAUGCCAAACACAGGGAGAGGCCCCCCAACAUCCUGUGACCACUGGACAAGUUCAACAUUCGACUCACUCACUCCACGCAAUAAGAUGGACAGUGUAGACAGUGUUAAUGCUCAAACUUUGCACAAUGAUUUAUGUAAUUCAAUUGUUAGGAUUU